AUGUCUCAAAGGAAUUUGCUCCAACCCUCAAUCAGAGCUCUGUUUCUCCUUCUUCUUUGUAGCCUGGUUGUUGGCGAGAUCGGCAAGGACUUCUCCCACUGCCCUAAUUUCUUCUAUAAUAAAACUCCCCCACAGGGUGUCAGGGCACCAGGAUAUCAGCCAAUAUGCCAGCGCUAUAGAAACCAGUACCACUUUGCCAGCCUGUAUGAUCGUCAGCAUCGAGUGCCUUUGUUCUCUGCGUACAGACUGAGUCCUGCUGAUGGCAAACGACCCAAAUCUAUUUGGAUGUAUGAACCGCAGUUGGCAUUUUCCGGUGCCAGCCCAGAGAUGAAGCAUUUCGACACCCCUGUCGACCAGAAUGUGAUUGAAAGCCAGGCAGUGCUUGAUGACUACAGGAACUCCAGCUUUACCAAGGGUCAUCUCAAUCCCAGCUUGCACCAGAAGACGCUCGACAACCGGAAAGCCACCUUUACUCUGACAAACAUUGUCCCCCAAAAAGAGGGCUCAAACUCUGGACCCUGGAACAAACUGGAGAAUGACGUGUUGAGAGAUUUCAAGAUGUUCUGCAAUGGGACCAUGUACAUGAUCACCGGGGCCAUGCCAUACAAGUCUGGGGACCACUGGAUUAAUAACAGGGUGUCUGUUCCUGAAUACAUGUGGUCUGCCUACUGCUGCCCAUCAUUCAAAUCUGAUCUCCCUAAUAAUGUGAAGCAGUUUUUCCCCACGUAUGCUGCAGUUGGAAGAAACGACCCCAACAGCAGCGAGGAGAUUGUGCCAGUUAAUAAGAAUGCAAAGCCCAGCAUGCGGGGCUAUGAUGUGAGGAGGAUGCCAUUAGAGGACCUGGAGGGUAUCCUGGCAAAAAGACUGGCCAUGCCCAUCAGUCUGUUUGAUAACCGCUGUCAGGCAUAA